AUGACUCUCUACAGCAAAAAAUAUUGUGGGAAAAGCUUCAGUCAGAGUGACUUUCUUAAUUCCCAUCAAAGAAUUCACAAAGGGGGGAAUCAAUACAAAUGUAUGGAGCGUGGGAAAAGCUUCAGUUCCAUUCUUGCUUCCCAUCAAAGAAUUCAUACAAAGAAGAAACUAUAUAAAUGCCAAGAGUGUGGGAAAAGCUUCAGGAGCAGUUCAUACCUUACUGUGCAUCAAAGGAUUCACAGAGGGGAGAAACCAUAUAAAUGCCUAGAGUGUGGAAAAACCUUCACUGAGAGUUCCGGUCUUGCUUCCCAUCGAAGGAUGCACACGGGGGAGAAACCAUACAAAUGCCUGGAGUGUGGGAAAAGCUUCAGUCACAGUAGCACACUUAGUUCCCAUCAAAGGAUGCACACAGGGGAGAAACCAUACAAAUGCCUGGAAUGUGGGAAAAGCUUCACUCAGAGUUCCAAUCUUGCUUCCCAUCGAAGAAUUCACAUGGGGGAGAAACCAUACAAAUGCCUGGCGUGUCGGAAAAGCUUCAGUCACAGUGGCACACUUAGUUCCCAUCAAAUAAUACACAUGGGGGAGAAACCAUACAAAUGCCUGGAGUGUGGGGAAAGCUUCAGUCACAGUAGUGCACUUAGUUCCCAUCAAAGGAUGCACACAGGGAAGAAACCAUACAAAUGCCUGGAGUGUGGGAAAAGCUUCACUCAGAGUUCCAAUCUUGCUUCCCAUCAAAGAAUUCACAUGGGGGAGAAACCAUACAAAUGCCUGGAGUGUGGGGAAAGCUUCAGUCACAGUAGCACACUUAGUUCCCAUCGAAGGAUGCACACAGGGGAGAAACCAUAUAAGUGCCUGGAGUGUGCAAAAAGCUUCACUUGGUGUUCACAACUUCGAAUUCAUCAGAGAAUUCACACAGAGAAGAAACUAUAUAAAUGCCUAGAGUGUGGGAAAAGCUUCAGGAGCAAUUCAUACCUUACUGUGCAUCAAAGGAUUCACAGAGGGGAGAAACCAUAUAAAUGCCUGGAGUGUGGGAAAACCUUCACAGAGAGUUCUAGUCUUGCUUCCCAUCGAAGAAUUCACACCGGGGAGAAACCAUACAAAUGCCUGGAGUGUGGGAAAAUCUUCAGUCACAGUAGCUCACUUAGUUUCCAUCGAAGGAUGCACACAGGGGAGAAACCAUACAAAUGCCUGGAGUGUGGGAAAAGCUUCAGUCACAGUAGCACACUUAGUUCCCAUCGAAGGAUGCACACAGGGGAGAAACCAUACAAAUGCCUGGAGUGUGGAAAAAGCUUCAGUCACAGUAGCGCACUAAGUUCCCAUCGAAGGAUGCACACAGGGGAGAAACCAUAUAAGUGCCUGAUGUGUGGGAAAAGCUUCACUCAGAGUUCCACUCUUGCUUCCCAUCAAAGAAUUCACAUGGGGGAGAAACCAUACAAAUGCCUGGAGUGCGGAAAAAGCUUCACUCACAGUAGCACACUCCGUUCCCAUCAAAGGAUACAUACGGGGGAGAAACCAUACAAAUGCCUGGAAUGUGGGAAAAGCUUCACUCAGUGUUCACAACUUCAAAUUCAUCAGCGAAUUCACAGAGGGAAGAAAACAUUCAAAUGCCUGGAGUGUGGAAAGAGCUUCAAUCAGAGUUCAUACCUUACUGUGCAUCAAAGGAUUCACAGAAGGGAGAAACCAUAUAAAUGCCUGGAAUGUGGGGAAAGCUUCACAGCAAGUUCCAGUCUUGCUUCCCAUCAAAGAAUUCACACAGAGAAGAAACCAUACAAAUUCCCAGAGUGUGGGGAAAGCUUCAGUUGCAGCCUUACUUCCCAUCAAAGCAUUCACACAGGGGAGAAACCAUAUAAAUGCCUAGAUUGUGGGAAAAGCUUCAGUCGGAGUUCACACCUUACUGUGCAUCAAAAAAUUCAUGCAGGGGACAAGCCAAUCAAAUGCCUGGAGCGUGGAAAGUGCUUCAAUCGGCGUUCACACCUUUCUGUGCACCAAAGAAUUCACACAGUGCAGAAACCAUAUAAAUGCCUAGAGUGUGGGAAAAGCUUCACUUAUAGUUCAUACCUUACUGUGCAUCAAAGAAUUCACACAGGGGACAAGCCAUUUAAAUGCCUGGAGUGUGGAAAGAGUUUCAAGCAGAGUUCGUACCUUACUGUGCAUCAAAGGAUUCACAAAGGGGAGAAACCAUAUAAAUGCCUAGAGUGUGGAAAAAGCUUCAGUCGGAGUUCACACCUUACUGUGCAUCAAACAAUUCAUGCAGGGGACAAGCCAUUCAAAUGCCUGGAAUGUGGAAAGUGCUUCAAUCGGAGUUCAUACCUUACUGUGCAUCAAAGAAUUCACACAGGGCAGAAACCAUAUAAAUGCCUAGUGUGUGGGAAAAGCUUCACUUAUAGUUCAUAUCUUACUGUGCAUCAAAGAAUUCAUACAGGGGACAAGCCAUUCAAAUGCCUGGAGUGUGGAAAGAGCUUCAAGCAGAGUUCAUACCUUGCUGUGCAUCAAAGGAUUCACAGAGGGGAGAAACCAUAUAAAUGCCUAGAGUGUGGGAAAAGCUUCACUGAGAGUUCCAGUCUUGCUGCCCAUCGAAGAAUUCACACAGGGGAGAAACCAUACAAAUGCCUGGAGUGUGGGAAAAGCUUCACUCACAGUAGCUCACUUAGUUCCCAUCGAAGAACUCACAUGGGGAAACCAUAUAAGUGCCUGGAACACAGGAAAAGCUUCCGCUUACUGUCCAUCAAAGUAUCCACUGAGGGAUGUCAGGUGAUCAUGGCUGCUCAUUAG